GGCUCGAUCCCGGUGGAGGAUCCCAGUGAUCCGGUGUUCCCGCAGGAGCCCGCGGGUGUCGGGGCGCUGCUGGCGGAGCUGGCGGAGCGUGCGGAGCUCUACCGGGCGGCCCUGGGGAACGCCGCGAGGGAGAACGGGAACGGGGCCCGGCUCCGGCGCCUCCAGCGCGGCCUCAAGACCCUGGAGCAGAUGCUGGAGUCCGUCCGGAGUGGGAAGCCGAUCGACAAGGCCGACAUUCCUCCCCCGGUGGCUCUGGGGAAGGGUGGGGGAGCCCCUGGGCCACCUCCCCCUGCGAGCCCUGAGCCCCCAGUGCAGCCCCCUGCCCCUCCACAGCCUCCCCCUGCCCCGGAUCCCUGCCCGGAUCCCUGCCCGGAUCCCAGCCCGGAUCCCUGCCCGGGUCCCGGCUCGGUGCCGGCGCUCCAGCUGCGGCUCCAGGAGCUGCAGAAGGAAGCGCUGGCGGCCAAACGCCGCGGGGACACGGCCACGGCCCUCGGGCACUUCCGUGCGGCCAAGAGGCUGGAGGCGCAGCUGGAGGUGCUGGGGCAGGGCCGUGUUCCGCCAGCCCCUGAUCCACAGCCGGAGGAGCCGAAGGCUCCGCUCCUGAGGGAUUCUCCAACAAAGAACCCACCGGACACCAGCCCAACCCCUCCUGCCGCAGAGCCCCCCCGGGCGCCACGGGACGUGCGGGAGGCGCUGGAGCAGCGCAUGGAGCGGUACCGGGUGGCCGCGGCCCAGGCCAAGGACAGCGGGGACGCCAGGAAGGCACGGAUGCACGAGAGGAUUGUCAAGCAAUACCAGGCCGCCAUCCGUGCUCACAGCGCCGGCAAAGCCGUGGAUCUCUUGGAGCUGCCGGUUCCCCCGGGCUGCCCCCCCAUCCAGGGCACCGAGAUCCAGUCGCAGCCGAGCAUUUCUGGGAUGCUGGAGGCGGCCUUGAAGCUGACGGGGCUGGAGCAGGAGGAGGAGGAGGAGGAAGAGGGGGACAGCAAGGUGGCCAAGGUGCAGCCCAGCGCUCCCCCCGCCGCCCCUCCCAAACAGCCGCCGCCCCCUCGGAAUUCCCAGCCGGCUCCCAAACCCUCUGGAAAAGCUCAGCAGCAGCUGGAGUUCCUGGAGCUGCGGCGGCGGCAGCUGGCGCAGGCCGCGCUGCGGGCCAAGCGCCGCAACGACCUGGAGGGAGCCAAGCUGCUGCUGCGCCGGGCCAAGGGCAUCGAGGGACUCAUCGGGGCCGCCCGCGGGGGGCUGCCCGUCGACAUCGCACAGGUCCCGGAGGUGCCGCUGGACGGGGCCGAGUUUGAGCUGGGGCCGGGCCGGGGGGUCCCGAUGCCCCCCGAGGCCGCCAAGACCUUCCUGCAGCUGGCGGGGGCCCUGAGGAGGCAGCACCAGAUGUGUCUGAGCUAUUCCCGGCAGUUCGCUCAGCUGGGGAACAUCUCGGAGACCACCAGGUGUGAGGCUCUGGCCGAGGAAUGCCGGCGGCACAUGGAGACCCUGCGGAGGGAGCACAGCCGGGGGGGGCCCCCCCCAAAACCCCGCUACGAGCAGAGAACCUUCAGUGUCAUCAAAUUCCGGGCACGGUUCCGGCUGCGGCUGCUCCGGGGGCACCGGGGGCUGCGCAGGCUCCUCAGCUCCCGCGGGAUCAAGUUCGAGGUGACCCAGAAAGGGUAGGGGGGAAAUGUGGGGAGAGGGAGGAGGGGAAAU